AGUAAUCAGUUACGAGUGCUGUCCUGGAUAUGAAAAAGUUCCUGGAGAAAAAGGCUGCCCAGCUGCGCUGCCGCUCUCAAACAUCUAUGAAACCCUGGGAGUUGUUGGGUCUGCCACCACGCAGCUCUACUCCGACCGGUCUAACCUAAGGCCAGAAAUCGAAGGACCUGGAAGUUUUACAAUUUUUGCCCCAAGUAAUGAGGCCUGGGCAUCCUUGUCUGCUGAAACUCUGGAUUCCUUAGUCAGUAACGUUAACAUUGAGCUGCUCAACGCCCUCCGCUACCACAUGGUGAACAAACGGGUCCUCACGGACGAUCUGAAACAUGGGACCACACUUAACUCAAUGUACCAGGACCUGCCUAUCCAGAUUCACCACUAUCCCAAUGGGAUUGUGACUGUGAACUGUGCCAGGCUGUUGAAAGCUGACCACCAUGCCACCAACGGAGUGGUUCAUGUCAUCGACAAAGUCAUCGCCACCACUACAAACAGCAUUCAGCAUAUCAUUGAGACUGAGGAAAGCCUGGAAACUCUCCGGGCUGCUGUGGCUGCUUCUGACCUCAACAGCUUGCUGGAAAGCGAGGGCCAGUACACGCUCUUGGCUCCAACCAACGAAGCCUUUGAGAAGAUCCCGCGAGAAACUCUGAACAGGAUCCUGGGGGACCCAGAAGCCCUGAGGGACACUUGCUUUUUGCUGAACCAUCACAUCCUGAAGUCAGCCAUGUGUGCUGAGGCCAUCAUCGCUGGCCUGACGAUGGAGACUCUGGAAGGAACCACCUUGGACGUGGGCUGCAGUGGGGAAGAGCUGACCCUCAACGGGAAGCCCAUCAUUGCCAACAAGGAUGUCCUGGCAACCAACGGCGUUGUACAUUUUGUUAAUGAGCUGCUGAUCCCAGACUCAGCUAAGACCCUGUUUGAGUUGGCACAAGAAUCUGAAGUUUCCAAGUCUAUGGACCUUUUCAGACAAGCUGGUCUCAGUUCUCAUCUAACUGGCAGUGAGCGAGUGACCCUCCUUGCCCCAGUGAAUGAUGUGUUCAAAGAUGGACUCCCCAUUGUUGACAGCAACAUGAAAAACUUGCUUCUCAACCACAUUGUUAGAGACCAGCUCUCCUCUAAAUAUCUUUACCAUGGACAGAAGCUACAGACUCUGGGUGACAAGGAACUGAGAGUUUUUGUGUACCGCAAUAACCUUUGCAUUGAAAAUGCCUGCAUUGCUGCCCAUGACAAGAGAGGAAGGUUUGGGACCCUGUUCAGCGUGGACAAAAUGUUGACUCCACCGUCUGGCUCAGUGAUGGAUGUUCUCAAGGCAGACCAUCGCUUCAGUACGUUGGUGGCUGCAAUCCAGUCUGCAGGUCUAACGGAGAACUUGAACAGGCCAGGUACCUUCACGGUGUUUGCUCCAACGAACGAAGCUUUCCGAGCCAUGCCCCAAGGGGAACUGAACAAACUAAUGGGUAAUGCCAAGGAGCUUGCCAACAUCCUCAAGUUCCACGUGGCUGAUGAGAUCCUGGUGAGCGGCGCAGUCGGUGCCCUUGUGAGGCUGAAGUCCAUGCAGGGAGAUAAACUGGAAGUCAGCAUGAAAAACAACGUAAUACAUAUCAACAAGGAGCCUGUUGCUGAAUGCGAUAUCAUGGCCACGAAUGGUGUGAUUUAUGCCGUGAACUCUGUCUUACAGCCUCAGGCUUCAAGGCCGCAAGAAAGAGGUGACGAGCCUGCAGAUCCCGCAUUAGAAAUCUUCAAACAGGCAUCUGCGUUAUCCAAGGUUUCUCAGAGGAAUCCUCGACUAGCACCCGUCUACUCCCGGUUACUAGCGAGGAUGAAGGAGAACUCGGGUGGAUUCUGAGCCGCGUCGUGAGCGCCUCCAUCCCAUCCGCUCCGGCUGACAGCUAAAGAGAAAGACAGAAUUGUUUUUAAAAACCAAAUAUCACCCUUGAAUUUAUUUUUGUUUCCGACGAAAUGGAUAGGAAAAAUGAAAAGCCAUAUAUAUAUGUAUAUAUUUUACGACCAUUUUUAUUUGGUUUUGACCUUAAAGUUCCCACACUGAGGACAGGUUGUGGUUUUGGGUUUUCUUUUUUUUUUUUUUUUUUUACAAAUUAGUCACUAAUUUGCAAUUUUUAACAUAUCCAGUUUUGGGCUUGAUACGUACG